AUGCCAAUCGAACUUGCGCCAGAAGCUGUGGAGGCCCCAAGACGUAUUAUUCUACCAAUCGACAACAGUGAACACUCGAAGCGUGCCAUUGACUGGUACUUUGCGAACGUGCAACGUGAAAAUGAUUUUCUGCUAUUUGUACAUGUGGUUGAACCCACAAGAAACAACUCGUCCGUUGGUGUCGCAAUUGAAUCUGCGCCCAGUCUUCUGGGCACUGUAUUGCGGGUGUCGGAGGAGUCUGUAAAAGAGGGGAAACAAAUAUGCCGUGAAGCCAUGCAGAAGGCGAGUGCACAUGACGUAAAAGGGCAGUCCUUUCUUUACGUGGAUACCAAGCCGGCUGCAGCAAUCCUCAGAGCCAUCUCAGAACUCAAAGGUGAUUUGGUCAUUAUCGGAAGUCGAGGAAUCGGAUCGUCUAUUCCCUCGGACGGACAAAGGUUCGAACUAACCGUCGCAGGAGAGCGCAACGCUGUCGUCGAAAACCAAGUGGUCAGUGGUCGUGUACAAUUCUUUGAUUCACAAACUGGCCCAACGUCUAUUCCCUCGGACGGACAAAGGUUCGAACUAACCGUCGCAGGAGAGCGCAACGCUGUCGUCGAAAACCAAGUGGUCAGUGGUCGUGUACAAUUCUUUGAUUCACAAACUGGCCCAACGAGGAAGUUAGCAACAUACGGAGAUUGUGGAGUCGUUUCACCGGAGAGUGUGGAUACAAUCCACCCCAUUGACGCAGUCGCAACUGGCCGCAUGUCGAACGUCGUCGUUGUCACGCCUGUGUGUGUGCUACAUUUGGAUGCGUUGAACCAAUCAAAAGUGGUGGAGCGCAAGUAA